AUGGCGCGAAUCAAGCUCGCCGCGACCUCCAGUCUCCUCGUCGUGCUGCUCGGCGUGAUACUGGCCUACCUGUCGGGCGCGCACUCCGCUGCAACCGGCAUCACGGACGAGCUACCUUUCAGCUCGACGGAUCCGACCUCGUUCUACAGCGACACGGUCAAACGGAACCACAACAGCACGCUCGAUCUGCUCGAAGCGACCAUCGACGAGCUCUCGAAGGGCCUCUCCUCUGGCGCAUUCACCAGUGUUCAACUGGUCGAAGCGUACCUGUCCCGUAUCGAGGAGGUCAACAUCGCCGGUCCUGGACUGCGGGCGAUCAUCGAGACGAGUCCCGUGGCUCUAUCGUACGCUGCGAAACUCGAUGCUGAACGCGCGGCGGGCCGCUCGCGUGGUGCGCUGCACGGCAUACCCAUCGUCAUCAAGGACAACGUCGCUACGCACCCGGAGCUCGGGAUGAACACGACUGCGGGGAGCUAUACUUUGCUGAACAGUUUGCCGAGCGCCGACUCGCCGAGCGUGCAAACGCUGCGCAAGGCGGGAGCGGUGAUCCUGGGCAAAGCCAACAUGUCUGUCUGGGCCCAAGCGCGCGGCCUGGUCAACCAGACGCAGGGUUACAGUCCGAGAGGAGGCUUUGGGACCAGCGCAUACUGGCCUGCGGGAAACCCAUGUAGCUCUUCCUCGGGGUCAGCGGUGGCGGUAGCUGCCGGUCUCGCCGCUGCUAGUGUUGGUAGUCAGACGUCCGGGUCGAUCAUCUGCCCGGCGAGCUACAACAACAUUGUUGGGAUCAAGCCUACCGUCGGGCUGAUCAGCCGGUCAGGAGUGAUCCCGAUCAGUUCCACGCAGGACUCGGCAGGGCCGUUCGGGCGGACGGUGAAGGACGUAGCGCACAUGCUGACUGCCAUGGCCCAUCACGGGAGGGACGAGGGGGAUAACGCCACCUGGACGCAACCCGCACGUGUCGCAAAGGGGAUCGACUACGCCGCUGCCCGACACUUCUCGCUCUCCACCCCGCGACUGGACGGUGUGAGACUAGGCUAUUCCGGAGAGACCUUCUUUGCCAAUCGCAGCGUUCAAAACUUCGACGAAUCGGUGCUAGAGGCGUACCGCCAAUCACUCGAGGUGCUCCGCGGUCUCGGCGCAACACUGGUCGAAGUGACCCUCGACAGCAUUGGCAACGCUACCGACCCAUCCGCCACCGCCUACUACAAUACCAGCGACAACACGCAGACGGUGCUGUGGCAGACCGAGAUGCGUGUUGGACUGGAGAGGUACAUCGGUGGGCUGAGCGAGGUUCCUUCUGCCGUGUACGACUUGGGUGGCAUCAUCUACUUCGGCAUUGCCAACCCCGAGCUCGAGCUGGCGGGUAACCAGACGGAUCAGGGGUUCCUCGUUCAAGCGCUGAUGACGCGGCCGAAUGCAACGGUGGACGGAUAUCGCGAGCACGGCUUUAGGUUGUCGAGGGAGCAAGGCAUUGAUGGAGCACUGCAGCGGUAUGGUGUGUCGGCCAUCGUGAGCCCCAGUGGCGGCGAUUGGCCGUUGUAUCCGAUUGCGGAUCGCGCACAGUACCCCGUCAUCGGCGUGCCAAUGGGUUUCUACGCGAACGACACUGCUGUCGGUCAAGACUUCCCCUACUACCCCUUCCCGCGCGCACCCACGGGCAUCUCGUUCACGAGUACGAAGUGGACCGAACCCGUGCUGUUGAGGGUGGCACACGCAUACGAGAUGGCAACCAACGUCCGGUUCCAGAGGAAGCCAUUCGAUGCUGCUACAGCAAAGAGUCAGAUCGGCAAGCUUGUCGCUCCCGCCAACUCGGCGUAG